UGACACUUCUCUGUCUAUGGGGUGAAUUAAAAAGAAGACAUUGAGGCUGAAUGGAGUUUGUUCCCUUUGCCUUCCAUAAGAGGGAGAAGAUUGAUGGAUAUAAAAAAAAAGAAAUAAAAGGCGAUUAAGUGUUUGUUGCUGAAUUCCACAAAAGAAAAGGCCUCGGAAAUUAAAGCGAAGGCCGUUGCAUUUGUAAGUUUUGAAAUAAUAUCACAGAUAUUGUAGCACUUCCUCCAUUUAAUGCGAAAAAUAUUUAAUUUAGCGCUAGUGUCAACAAAGUUGAUUCGAGAUAGAAUGAGAAAUCCGAUUACUGCAGCUGUCAUUGUCAUAUUUUUACUAAUGACUGAUUGCUCAUCUCAAUAAAGUGUAGAAGAAUUAAACAGGGCAAAACAAUUAAAUUUUAUUUCAUAAACAUCGGUAAUACAAUUAAUAUUUAACAAACUACUAGAUCAAAAUCUCAGAUUUAAAUGUAAAUGAGAGUAACAAUGAAGUAUUCUUCCAACUGCAAAUGAACAGUGAAGAAAUACGCACUAUUAUUAUAUUAUUUUGUUGGUAUAGAAGAUUGUAGCCGUAACAAUGAAGAGUGCACUACCUAAAGAAAAAUCGGGGAAGAUGAGGAUCAGAGCUUUCCCUAUGACUAUGGAUGAAAAAUAUGUGGAGAGUAUAUGGAGUUUAUUGAAAAAUGCAAUACAAGAGAUACAAAAGAAAAACAACUCUGGUCUCUCAUUUGAAGAACUCUAUCGUAAUGCUUAUACUAUGGUUCUCCAUAAACAUGGUGAAAGGUUGUACACAGGCUUAAAGGAAGUUGUCACUCAUCACUUAGAAACUAAGGUCAGAGAAGAUGUUCUCCAUUCACUACAUAACGGUUUCCUGCAAACUCUCAACAAUGCUUGGACAGAUCACCAAACUAGCAUGGUUAUGAUUCGUGAUAUACUUAUGUAUAUGGACAGGGUAUAUGUCCAACAGAAUGAAGUUGACAAUGUUUACAAUCUGGGACUUAUAAUAUUUAGAGACCAGGUUGUGCGUUACGGUUGUAUCCGUGACCAUCUACGGCAGACGUUGCUGGAGCUAGUGGCCCGGGAACGCCGCGGCGAGGUUGUGGACCGGCUGGCCAUACGGAACGCCUGCCAGAUGCUCAUGGUGCUCGGCAUCAAUUCGCGCUCUGUAUACGAGGAGGACUUCGAGAAACCUUUCUUGCAUCAGUCCGCUGAGUUUUACAGAAUGGAAUCUCAAAAGUUUCUGGCGGAGAACAGCGCGGCUGUGUACAUCGCCCGCGUGGAAGCACGCAUCGGGGAAGAAGCGGAACGAGCACGCCACUACCUUGACGAGACCACCGAGCCGCGCGUCGUGGCCGUGCUCGAGCACGAACUCAUCGAGCGGCACAUGAAGACCAUCGUCGAGAUGGAGAACUCGGGCGUGGUGCACAUGCUGAUGCACACCCGCACCGCUGAGCUCGCGUGCGUGUACAAGCUGCUGUCGCGCGUGCCUGAGGGGCUGCGCACCGUCGCCGACGCCGUGUCCGCGCACCUGCGCGAGCAGGGCCGCGCGCUCGUCACCGACACGCACCACAACACCAACGCCAUCGCGUUCGUGCAGAAUCUUCUCGACUUAAAAGACAGAUUCGAUCAUUUCCUUCAAAACUCGUUCAAUAAUGAUAAGAUUUUCAAACACAUGAUCGCGUCCGACUUCGAAUAUUUCCUGAAUCUGAACAACAAAUCUCCGGAAUUUUUGUCGCUGUUCAUCGAUGGAAAACUUAAGAAGGGUGAAAAGGGUAUGAGCGAGCAAGAGAUAGAAGCAGUACUGGACAAGACAAUGGUUUUGUUCCGCUUCCUACAAGAGAAGGAUGUAUUUGAACGCUACUACAAGCAACACCUUGCCAAGCGGCUGCUCCUCAACAAGUCUGUAUCAGAUGACAGCGAGAAGAAUAUGAUCUCCAAACUGAAGACUGAAUGCGGUUGCCAGUUCACAUCGAAGCUAGAGGGCAUGUUCAAAGACAUGACCGUAUCCAACACAAUCAUGGAAGAGUUCAAAGAGCAUGUGCUGUCAUCCGGGACCAAUCUUCACGGUGUUGAUCUGUCGGUGCGCGUGCUGACGACUGGCUUCUGGCCUACCCAGAGCGCCACGCCCAAGUGCAACAUACCCACGGCCCCGAGAAGCGCCUUCGAGGUCUUCAGAAGUUUCUAUUUGGCGAAGCAUUCGGGCCGCCAGCUAUCACUCCAGCCGCAGCUUGGCAGCGCGGACCUUCACGCCACAUUCCGCGCGGCGCCGCCGUCGCCGCCGCGAUCGCCGCCCGCUGCCGCAUCCGCCUCCGCUGCCGCCUGUGCCGCCGUGCGCCGCCAUAUCAUACAAGUGUCCACGUUCCAGAUGUGCGUGCUGCUGCUGUUCAAUAAGCGCGAGCGGCUCACGUACGAGGAAAUUCUGAAUGAGACUGAUAUACCGGAGAAGGAUUUGAUUCGCGCGCUGCAGUCGCUGGCGAUGGGCAAGGCGACGCAGCGGGUGCUCAUCAAACACCCCAAGAACAAGGAGAUCGAGCCCUCGCACCAGUUCUACGUCAACGACGCGUUCACUUCCAAGCUACACAGGGUGAAAAUCCAAACGGUGGCAGCUAAAGGCGAAUCUGAGCCGGAACGAAGGGAGACCCGCAACAAGGUUGACGAAGACCGCAAGCACGAGAUCGAAGCCGCCAUAGUACGCAUCAUGAAAGCGCGCAAGAAGAUGCAGCACACGUUGCUUGUGACCGAAGUGACGGAACAACUGCGCGCGCGCUUCCUCCCCUCCCCCGUGGUGAUCAAGAAGCGCAUCGAGGGUCUGAUAGAGAGGGAAUAUCUCGCUCGCACGCCCGAUGACCGCAAGGUCUACACCUACGUCGCAUAGGUGCGUACACGCAGCUACCCACACAGCCCCGCUUCAAUACAAUACCGGCGAUAUAUAACACACUCUGAUCACACUACAGAUUGAUUGUAACUAACUUGGAUAUGUAAAAAAUAUUGUAAAUAGCGGUAGAUGUUAGUUCGAAUAUGUAAUUUUUAAACGAUAAGGCAGUGUCAAAUCUCCCUGAUCAGCUUGAUUAAAAGUUUCUUUUCUAAUAGCAAUAGCUUUUUAUUCUCC